GUGGCGCCAGGUCUAUCAACCGUUCGUUCGGCCAUCUUGCAUCGCUGAGUUGAUCAUUGGUUUGGAAGAGUUUUGCCGCUUUUAUUUCACCGGUAUAGGCAUUUAGAAUGGCAACAAAAGCUGAGCUUGUCGAUCAGGCUAAGCUCUCCGAGCAGGCAGAAAGAUACGAUGACAUGGCCGACGCCAUGAAGAAAGCGACACAGCUCGACCCAAAACUUACGACAGAGGAGCGAAACUUGCUUUCUGUGGCGUACAAGAACGUGGUUGGUGCCAGGCGAUCAUCUUGGAGGGUUAUUUCCAGCGUUGAGCAAAAGAAAGCUGAAAAAGAAGGCGAUACUGCAGAGAAAGAGAAGCAGAUGGCUAGAGAAUAUCUUGAAAAAAUUGAGAAAGAAUUGAAGAACGUCUGCAAUGAUGUACUGGCUUUGUUGGACAACUACCUUAUCAAAGAAGCAAAGGAUACAGAAUCCAAGGUUUUCUUUCAGAAAAUGAAGGGAGAUUAUCAUAGAUAUUUAGCUGAAGUUGCUGCAGGCGACGAAAAGAAGGAUGCUGUUAAAAAGGCAAAUGAAGCAUACGACGGUGCCAAAUCCAGUUCAGAUGAACUAGAAACAACCAAUCCUAUCCGCCUGGGUCUUGCUCUAAACUUUUCUGUGUUCUACUAUGAAAUCUUGAAUGACAAAGGGAAAGCUUGYGAAUUGGCGAAGAAAGCUUUUGAUGAUGCAAUUGCYGAUUUGGAUUCUGUUGAUGAGGAAGGUUAUAAGGACAGUACCUUAAUAAUGCAACUAUUGAGAGAUAAUUUGACUCUUUGGAACUCAGAAGCAGAUGAUCAAGCUGAAUAGCAGACGUUUAUGUAGUAUUACCUCUAAGGUGUUAUUUACAGGCAACCCAUCGUCACUGCUAUCAUACAGUAAAACCACCCCUAUGUUCACUCUUUCUGUAUAAUAAUGAAAAAAACAGAUUUUUCUUGGUAUUGUUGUAUAUAUUAACCAUGCACUGAAUUUGAUUUUAAGACAUUUUAUUGAUGAACUUUGGMCAUGCGCAUGCUCACCUUAAGAUAUAUUCUCUGUGGACCAUCAAUAAGGAAGGCUGUUUCUUGACAAGAAAACAAACGCCUUUUUCUUUUGAUGGUCAACACAAAAUCACUCUGAUGGUAAGUGYUUUGAAGUAGUGAGGAUGCUCAAUAUGUUUGAACGUUCUGCAAUAAAAUGACCUAGAAUCAAACUUCUGUGGCUGCUAAACACAGCUAUACAAUGAUGASCCAGCYUCGCUUGUUUUCCUUUGCUUCUUCUUACACUAAUGGAUAAGGAAAAUUACUCUAGAAAACCAGUAUUAGUAAUGAUAUUUAAAAGCCAAUCACUAGAGUAAUUGUCACAAUUCUGACAUUUAUUUAAUGCUGAUAUAUGUUGGGAGUCUGCAUUGUUUUCUACUGUUCAAAAUUUGGUAUUUGUAGUUAGUUUCGUGAGUGAUUCUAAAAGAUUAUUGAAUGAAAAUUACUGGUAGUUAUUGAUGUUAAAUGAUCCCUUUUAGAUUMAUGAAUGCAACUUUGUUUGAGAUAGAAAUCAAAAGUUUUAACUGACAAGAAAGCUGCUUAGAAUCACUUUCAAUGUAGCAAAAGCAACUUAAUAGAGUUGUUUUCAUUUAAUCGUGAAACAAAAAUUCCUAUUUAGUUGGUAUUUGUAGAUAAAGAACAAAAGAAAGCAAAUUAGAUUCACUGCUGCUAUUAUUCUCACAAAACUUUCACAGUCGAAUGAAAACUCUAUGUAACUAAGUUUGUAGUCUACACUAUAAAAUGCUUGUCACUUAUCUGCAAUAAAGCCUAUCAUCUAACUGCAAUUUAUUUCWUAGUACAAACUAGUUCACCCUUGAAGUAGAGYGAGGUCAUUAAACCUGUGAAACAAAACUUGACUAUUAAAAUGUGAURGUCAAAUAGGUACAAAAGAAUGCAGUGCAAUAAAUUAGAUCAUUAUAAGAUGUAGUAGUGCAAUAUCUAUUUWGCAGGUUUUUUUCACUUCACUCUAUCUUAUUAUCUUUGAACUUUCUUUCUUGUUUCGGCCUUCUUAGUUAAUGAUAAUCAAAUACUUUUUAGUACAUGCCAAAAAGUUUCAYAAAUACAACAUGGUGUGCACGUUUAGGUUACAUAUAGGGAUUAUAUGGAAUGUAGGGUGGUUUUAUCUGCAAAAGGUUGCCAGCAAUGACUUAUUUGUUAUACAAAUUUGAGUAACGGUUAUAGUAAAACAACAAUACACUAUG